AUGCUAAGCAAGAAAGUUAACAGGGAUUCGCUACCCAUCACGCCGCCAGAUAUCGAUAAUCCACCUUCCUAUAUCCCACUUAAGUCGAUCGACGGGAGGUAUCAGAUCAUUGAGGAGUUGGGGAACGGGUCCUUUGGAUCUGUAUCGCUGGCGAGAGCUCAUUUUGAUAUUGGCAAGAAUCAUAAUGACGGUAAGAUGUACAGGAAGACUUUGUUGAACCAGGCAGGGAUGGAUCACGAGAAUGCGAUUUGUAAAAGACAAGGUUUGGUCGCUAUUAAGACUAUGAUGACGAAAUUAUCGACGUUGCACGAUUAUACGCGAGUAAGGGAAAUCAAAUUUAUUCUAAGCUUGCCAGCUAAUAGGCAUUUGAUCCAGAUUUUUGAGAUCUUCAUUGAUAACAAGAAUUUCCAAUUGCAUAUAGUGAUGGAAGCUAUGGAGCAAAAUUUGUAUCAGAUGAUGAGACAUAGAAGGCGGCGAGUGUUUUCCAUACCAUCGUUAAAAUCCAUCUUGGCCCAAAUCUUGGCAGGUUUGCAUCAUAUUCAUGAGUUUAAUUUUUUCCAUAGGGACAUCAAACCAGAGAAUAUCUUGAUUUCGCCAAGCACAAGAUAUUUUGAUAAGGAUUGGUUAUUAGAAGGUAAUUAUACGGAUAAUUAUGUUGUUAAAUUGGCAGAUUUCGGUUUAGCUCGUCAUGUCACCAAUAAGAAUCCAUAUACUGCCUAUGUCUCCACUCGUUGGUACAGGUCACCUGAAAUUUUAUUGAGAAAUGGAUAUUAUUCUAGACCACUUGACAUCUGGGCCUUUGGUUGCGUAGCUGUGGAAAUAACUAUUUUCAAACCAUUGUUCCCAGGUUCUAAUGAGAUGGAUCAAAUUUGGAAGAUCUUGGAGGUCUUGGGGACUCCACAUACAACAAAGGAAAGUGAAAAGACAGGUUAUAUAUCGAAUGGAGGUCAAUGGGAAUUGGCCAAAACUUUGGCACAAAGAUUAAAUAUGAAAUUUCCCUAUGUGGAAGGAAGUGGGCUUCAGGAUUUGAUUUCCAGUUCUCAAUUGCAAUCAUUGGCAGAUGUCAUUAAAAGAUGCUUGAGGUGGGAUCCCAACGAGAGGGCUACAGCAACGGAUCUGUGUUCAAUGCCAUUCUUUAGAGAUACUGUGGCCGCUGUGCCGAAGGUAGUCUCAUCAACAAGAAAUACAGAACAGGCCCAAAUCUUCGCAGGUAUAAAACCUUCUCAAUCAAAUCAUAAGAGACAAUUGAUAUUCCACUCCAAGGAGCUCGAGGAAUCUCAUUUGACAAGACCGUUGAAGAUCAAUGAUGGGGAAACCAAAUUGAAGAAAAGUUUCUCAAUGAGUGAGUUCUUGCAGAACCAUAGCGAUGAUAUCCCAUUAAACGAUCCACCUCCAGCUAUCGAUACCGAUUCAACGAUUUCAGAUAAUCAAGAUGAGAUCGAGUUCUGUCAGAUUUCCAGUACGUUUGAGAAUGAUCAUUUCUUGAAGGAUUUGCCCAGCUUAAGGAUCAAUGAUGGAUCAAUCAAUGAAUCGAAGGAUAAUCUUAAAAGACUAACAGAUGAUAUUGAUGCAAUGAAUAAACAGAAUGAAACGGAUUUUCUCUUCGAUACACCACAAGUCUCCAACUCAAAGAAUUACGUCCACUAUACAAAUCAAAACCCUGAACUGAACCUGUUGAGCAACAAUGUACUGAUAAAUUCGGAUCACAGCUCCCUACAACCAGUGAACCGUUUACUGGACAACAUGUCGAUAGAUGAUUCGUUUAAUAACAACGACAUCAAUGGUAAUUGCAACGACAACAAUAACAACAAUCUGAAUGUCAUACCAAGAAGCUUUAUGCUACAGCAAGAUACACCAAACGGUAAUCAUAUAAUCAGCGGUAACCACAUCGAGCUAGCAUCCGAGACUAGUCAGCAUUUCGGUAACAUCACCUUUUAA